AUCAUCAAAAUGUGGUGGCUAGCUUUUAAUUUAUUUUCAAAAUACUGAGGCUAUACCCAAACUGGACCAGUCGACUUUAAAACCACGCCUGAAUUCGUCUGGUUUAGGCAUUUAGGUGAAGAUGUUCACAUGUUGCAUGGAAACGAUAAAUAUAUGUAUUUACACAAGGAAACCAGACGAACGCGAGCUCAGUCGAACGCGAAAUCGUCGGGUUUCGUGUGAGCGUAUCCCGAGUGUGUGAAAACUUCGGUUACUACGCCCAAUCAAAACCAUGUAUAGCCUAUAGCGGCAAUUUCUACCAAUCACGCAACAGAACCAGCAUGAAGCAUGCUCAAGCAACUUAUGCAUCUCAGCGUUUGCGUUCUUCCUGGGUCAUUCGAUAUUCUGCAACCUUACGGGUAAGCUGUUAUCGGAGCUAUCGCAGAUAAUUGCCGUCACCAAAAGGUGAAAUUUUGACUGAGCAUAUCAAGCCAAAAACGUUUUGCCAAGAAAAAAGAGCAAAACGUCUGAAGAAGGAUUCGAAGAAGAAGCAGAUUUCUUUUCCAGUGAAAUUCUACUGAACAGAAACAGACACAACGAAAUAAAAUGGCGGACCAAAAAGAAGCCCGUUCGAGCCUUCGAAUAAAGAGACAAAAAGAACCCAAUGAGGAGACAUUGCCUGAAGAUAGUAAAGACCUUGAGCAAAGAUAUAUCAAUAACAUCAUUGGUGAUGGGGUCUUUGCAAAAAGGAAAUUUCAAAAAGGAGAAUUCCUCCUUGAAUAUAAGGGGGAAUUGAUUGGCAAAGAUGAAGGGGCUAGACGUGAAGAAGCCUAUGUCAAAGAGCUUGGAAGCUUCUUGUUCUUUUUCGACUCUCUUUGUGUUGAUGCAACAUUCUCCACGGGUCUUGGCAGAAUGGUCAACGAUAGUGAGAUGAAACUGGCCAAUUGCCUUAUCAAGAAGGUUAUUGUAGACAGCCGUCCUCACUUAGCCCUCUUUGCUAAAAAGAAAAUUUUGAAGCACGAAGAGUUACGCUAUGAUUAUGGGGUAAAGAACUUGCCAUGGCGAAGAAUAAAAGAACUUUGCAAGAGGAAACCGAGAAAUUACUUCGGUGAAGUAAUGAAAAAAAUAAAUGAAGGUAUACCACAAAGUAACACUGCAUGCCACCGCGAUUGCAUAAUUGAUGAAUUUGAAACGCGAAAUUGGGAGAUGCAUGGUCAUGGAGAAGAAUAUCAUUGCACUGUUUUCAUGUUUGCAUGUAUCAACGUAAUAUUCUUUCGCCUAUGACAUAGUCAUAGCAAAAAAUCCCAGUUGCCAUGCAUUUGCAGAACUUAUAUGCGAAUCAUUUGAGCUUGUAAGUUGUGCCGAACAGCCGAGGUGCAUAGGUUGAGUGUAGAAAUUUAGAAUUCUCUUUCAAAUCAAUUUCUAAAUAGAUAACAAGUUCAAAUUCGCGCACAAAUAGGUGAAAAAUUUUACUCAAACAUUUUUGUCAGGGUGAACGACUCUCAAGAAACUAGUUUUAUGAAGUUUUCGUAAUCAGUUACUGUUUCUGCCACAAUGCCAGUGUCACUAUUUCAUUGCUUCUGCCAUAAUGCCAAAGAUGAUCAGGCAGAUUUAAGCUCUUUUAAAGUUUAAACAUCUAUAGUAUUCAAGAAUCAUCAACUUAAUAGUUAUAGCGUUGCAUGACCUAAAUAUAUGAAGACAUGUUAUUUGAUUUUUUGUCCUUUUUGUUCGUCAUAUACCAACU